CCCAAGCAAAGACAUCCCAGGCAGAGACAGAGGAAGCCUGAAGCAUCACUAAGACAAGCCAACAUCUUCAGGACAUCGUAAGUCUGAGAGAGAUCUUCCAAAGGAAAGAAGAUGCCAAUCUGCAGUGUGCUGGAGAAGAGUAACGGUGUGGUGGUGGGAGGUCAGCUGACCUGCAGCGUGCGGGAGGUGAACAAUGCACAGAAGGAGAGCUACGCUGCUGACUGGGUCAGUGUUUACCUCAAGACUCAGCCCCAGGACAGACAAACCAUGAACAUGAACGACAGUUCCCGCCGGGAGACUCUGUCCCGGCAGUGGCAGGCCCGCUGUCUGACCCAGUCCUGCCCCUCUGGCGUCGUCAGGGUGGGCACUGUGGAAAGAGGGGUGAAGGAGCACCAACUGCUGCCAAAGAGAAACACUUUGCCCCUGCCCAUUUUUGUUCCCACAGAGCUGGGCAUCAGAUUGGGGCGUGGAGGCCCACACACAGAGGAGGACUUGGUGCCUAUCCCAGUUCCAAACGGGCUCUGUCCUGGCAAGAGGACCGUGGACGAGAUCACCAGGGACCUCCCACCUGUCAAACUAGCCACCAUGGAGUUCGCCAAAUCGCCUCAAGUCCUGGGUCGCUCCAUGUCCCAGGAGGUCCAGAGAGGGUGAAAGAGUGAGGAAGAAGAGGGAAAGAGGGGGAUGAGAAAAAUGACAAGUUCAAGAAUGGAAGAAAGUCAGGGAUAAUUUUGAGAAGAAACGUAAACCCGUCUGUAGUGUCGCACAUUUUGAUGUUGGAAGUUGAUUGUCAGGACUUGAGGGUUUAACCACAAAAGGACAACUGAAAGUACAAUUUUUUGUUAGAUUAAAAGUUUACGUCUGUGAAUCGUAAUGGAAAAUAAUGAGUGAAAGAACCACGCAGGUCAAAAAAGUGAUGGAAAGAGGGAGGAGAGUCAGAGGGGGUGUGAUAAACCAUGUUAGUCCCUCUCCAGGACUCCAGAGCUUCUGCCAGCUUCUGAUCUUCGCCGAGGGAACAGAAUGCACUGGCACAAUCACACACACAUUGCUGCUUUCAGAUCGAGUGUUUUUUCCGUGUGUGCACUAAAGGACAUCACCAGGCAGGGAUUUGGGAAAAAUGACAACCUGUUUUUUUAUAGAGGCGUAUCUCAUCUGUCUUGUUAGUUUAGCGGCGGCUUUUAUUUGUUUCUCACAAAGAAACCGAUGAUAAACUAGCUGCUUGUAUUAGUGUGUAAAUCAUUUUCAAAGGUGCAAUGAUGCUGAUUUUUUGUUAGGAAAUUAUUAUUUUUCAUAAUAAAAGUUGAAAAACCACAAA